AUGCAGAAGUUCUCGAGGCUCGGCCGCAUGGGCCAGAGCCUUGCUUCGCGCAGGCAAUUGGCCACCGUCAGCGAUGCUGCCCUCUCCCGCAAGGUCGAGAUGACCAACUGGGAAAAGGGCCACUACAUCAACUACCAGAAGAUGAGCGAGAACCUGGGCAUUGUCCGCUCUCGUCUCAACCGCCCUCUCACCUUUGCCGAGAAGAUUCUCUACUCGCACUUGGACGACCCUCACGGUCAAGACAUUGAGCGUGGUGUCAGCUACCUCAAGCUCCGUCCCGACCGUGUAGCUUGCCAGGAUGCCACUGCUCAGAUGGCCAUCCUCCAGUUCAUGUCGGCUGGAAUGCCCUCCGUUGCUACCCCUACCACCGUCCACUGCGACCAUCUCAUCGAGGCCCAGGUCGGUGGUGAGCAGGAUUUGGCCCGCGCCAACGAGAUCAACAAGGAGGUCUACAACUUCUUGUCCACCUCUUGCGCAAAGUACAACAUUGGUUUCUGGAAGCCCGGCUCUGGUAUCAUCCAUCAGAUUGUGCUCGAGAACUACGCUUUCCCUGGUGCUCUCCUCAUCGGUACUGACUCUCACACUCCCAACGCUGGUGGUCUCGGUAUGGCCGCUAUUGGUGUUGGUGGUGCCGACGCUGUCGACGUCAUGGCCGGUCUUCCCUGGGAACUCAAGGCUCCCAAGGUUAUUGGUGUCAAGCUGACUGGCAAGCUUUCUGGCUGGACUGCUCCCAAGGACAUUAUCCUCAAGGUCGCCGGUAUCCUGACUGUCAAGGGUGGAACCGGUGCCAUUGUCGAAUACCACGGACCCGGUACCGAGAGCCUGUCGUGCACUGGUAUGGCUACCAUCUGUAACAUGGGUGCCGAGAUUGGUGCUACCACCUCGGUCUUCCCCUUCAACGACCGCAUGUACGACUACCUCGCCGCUACCAAGCGUAGCCAAAUUGGUGACUUUGCCCGCGACUACGCCAAGGAGCUCCGCGAGGAUGAGGGUGCCGAAUACGACCAGCUCAUUGAGAUCAACCUUUCCGAGCUUGAGCCUCACAUCAACGGUCCCUUCACACCCGAUCUAGCUACACCCAUCAGCAAGUUCAAGGAGGCUGUCGAGGCCAACAAGUGGCCCGAAGAGCUCAAGGUCGGUCUCAUUGGUUCUUGCACCAACUCUUCGUACGAAGACAUGACCCGCGCUGCCUCCAUCGCCGAGGACGCCAUGUCCCACGGUCUCAAGGCCAAGUCUCUCUUCACUGUCACCCCUGGUUCCGAGCAGAUUCGCGCUACCAUUGAGCGCGAUGGUCAGCUCAAGACCUUUGAGGAGUUUGGUGGUAUGGUUCUCGCAAACGCUUGCGGUCCCUGCAUUGGUCAGUGGGACCGUAAGGACGUCAAGAAGGGCGAGGCCAACUCCAUCAUCUCUUCGUACAACCGUAACUUCACUGGCCGCAACGACGCCAACCCCGCCACCCACUCCUUCGUCACCUCUCCUGACCUCGUCGUCGCCAUGACCAUUGCUGGAACUUUGAAAUUCAACCCUCUCACAGAUUCCCUGAAGGGAGCUGACGGCAAGGAGUUCAAGCUCAAGGAGCCCACCGGUUUGGGUCUUCCCACCAGCGGUUACGACCCUGGCCGGGACACCUACCAGGCUCCUCCCGAGGACCGUGCUUCCGUCCAGGUUGCUGUGUCUCCCACCUCUGACCGUCUCCAGCUCCUUUCUCCCUUCUCUGCUUGGGACGGAAAGGACGCUAAGAACCUACCCAUUCUCAUCAAGUGCCAGGGCAAGACUACCACUGACCACAUCUCCAUGGCUGGUCCCUGGUUGAAGUACCGUGGACACUUGGACAACAUCUCCAACAACAUGUUGAUUGGUGCUAUCAACGCUGAGAACGGCGAGGCCAACAAGGUCAAGAACGCCCUCACCGGCGAGUACGGCGCGGUCCCCGAUGUUGCCCGUGACUACAAGAAGAACGGCAUCCCAUGGGUUGUCAUUGGUGACUGGAACUACGGCGAGGGUUCUUCCCGUGAGCACGCUGCCCUUGAGCCCAGGCACUUGGGUGGUGCCGCCAUCAUCACCCGUUCCUUCGCUCGUAUCCACGAGACCAACUUGAAGAAGCAGGGUAUGCUUCCUCUUACCUUCUCUGACCCUGCCGACUAUGACAAGAUUGGCCCCAACGACCGUGUUGACUUGGCCUCCACCGAGCUCGCCCCUGGCAAGCCCCUUACCAUGACCGUUCACCCUGCCGAUGGCAGCAAGCCUUUCGAGGUCAAGCUCUCCCACACCUUCAACGAGGGCCAGAUUGAGUGGUUCAAGAACGGUAGCGCUCUUAACACCAUGGCCAAGAACUCCCAGCAGUAA